CAAGGGAGAGCUGAAGCAGGAGAAAAAGGAAUGCAGUAAAAGUAGUGACAGCAGAGGCGGCAUCUCGGGAGUCAAAAGAAGCACAAUCCUUACAGCUCUCGACCAAGCCAGUCUUGUGGAUUAAGUCUUCUUUUCUAAGCCAGACUGCAAGAGCUCAUCCUACAAGAGACUCUCUCACUCUGUUUUACUCUCUCUAUGCCAUUGCAGGGAGUAUGGACUUGGCUCAAUGAGCUGCUCUGUUUGUCUCUUCCACGCUCUCCUUCAUCCACCACAUUUACUUUCCUCCAUCUCCAUCGCCUUUUUUCCCCUAUCUCCUUACUCAUGUUUCUUCUUCUCUCUGUCGCUUCUUCCUGCUGUCUUAAAGUCAGAGCAGCAACCUGAAGAAAAUUGCUGUUAGCACUAGCUAUUAGCUACCUACGUCUUAGAGAAGGUGGCUUUUAGGGGUGACCUCGUCCAUCAUCAUCCUCUGGCAUUCAGGACAGACCUCUUCCCCCACCUCCCAUCCUCACCCAGCAUCACAGGGUGGGAUGGGACGGGGUUGGGUGAGUUAGGCUGGGGCUCAAGGGUUAGCAACAGGGUAGGCAAUGCCAGAUAGUAAAGGACGUGGGGAAAGAGGAGGUGGAGGUGGGUGUUUGCAAGGGAAGUGGAGGCUGAGGAAGCGAGGUAACCGUUCAGCUAUCCCAGCACUUUUCACCAUCACUGAGGAGGAGGAGGUACAGAGACGAAGAGAUGCUUGCAAGAGAAAGACAAAAGCAUCGUACUCUCACUUUAAGUCAGAGGAUGGCACCGUGUCUUCAACCACCCGUCCCAGCUCUGCAGGCUCUGGGCAGACCUACACUCCCAGCCUGACCCCUACACCCACUCCUACACCUAGUCGCACCACCAACAGCAACAGCCCCAGUAACAAUGCUGGCACCAAAACAGACUCGCUGCUCUUCAACAAGAUUGACGAGAGACAUAGGUUGGCCCGUGAGCGCCGGGAGGAGCGUGAAAAACAGAAUGCUGCCAAGGAGGCCCAGUGGCAGGCCCGUGAGGAACGAGCCAGGCAGCACUAUGAGAAACACGUUGAGGAGAGAAAGAAAAAGCUGGAGGAGCAGCGGGUAAAGGAGGACAAGAGACGGGCUGCCGUGGAGGAGAAACGUCGGCAAAAAAUAGAGGAAGACAGGGCUCGUCAUGAGGCAGUGAUUCGCAGGACUAUGGAGAAGAGCCAGAAAACCAGACAGAAGGCCAACCGUUGGUCUUGGGGAGGAACUCUGCAGACAAACACUCCCUGCACAACAGCUGGUUUUGUCGAGUCAGCUUUCCUCUAUCCACUCGACCUUGCUGGACUGGAGCACAUGCAGAGUGCUUUCAGUCUCUACUACAGAUACGGAAUGACAUCCCAAUAUGCUGAUAGGCGCUCAGUGUCCACAAUGAAUUUAUCCAAGCAUACAGACCCUGUCAUUACCAAGCGCCUCUCUUGCUCCUCUGCCACACUCCUGCACUCACCAGAUCGAGGCUUACAGAUGAGAACAGUCUCCUCCCCUGUCAUAAACAAAGCUCAGUCCAAACCCCACCUGCAUCAGGGAAAGACCAGCCAACAGAAAAACACAGGACUGCGCCGCCUUCCACUGACGCCAUGGGAGAGCAACAUGGUGAACCGCCUGCAGCAGCCAACACACUCCUACCUGGCCCGCAGCCGCAGUGCAGUGAGUCUGUCAGGAGACCAAUCAGCCAUGCCUGUGUGUCCUCGCUCAGUGUCCUGCCACCCCAUGGGCUCAAUGUCCUUCAAGGCCCUGCAGGCACAGCCACUGCCUCACUGUCGCAGCCAGGAGAGGAACCUCAGCAGGGACGCAGCUUCCUCGUCUUUAAACACCCCGCGCAGGAGGACAACCGGAACAACACAGCGGCAAAAAGACCGUGACAGUGUCAGGAAGUCAUGGAGCAACCUGACACUUCCACUUGCUCCUGUUCUCUCAUUGCCCCCAAGCAAGCGCUCCUCUUCCCCAAUCAAAAAGAGCGGUAAAGUGACAGCACCCUCUUCUGGCAGACUUCCACAGAAACCAGUGGGGCGACCUCCAACCCCCAAGUUACUAAAGUCUCCAGGGGCAGAAGAUCCUGGAAAUCUUCGUCCUGUCAGGAUCACACCUGAGAGUUCCCACCCUUCAACACCCAGAGGAGAGGAGGAUGAUGAGCAGGUCCUCAGCCCUCCUCAGCCUCGACCUCAGCCACUGGGUCAGAACAAGAGCUCGAAUGAGCAAACGGCAACCAGCGAGAGUGUAAGCAGUCCACCAGCUCACAAGCCUUCAGCGGGCACCACAGACCCGGAGGAGGCGAGUCGUAUCCUGGCCGAGAAACGACGGCUGGCCCGCGAGCAGAGAGAGAGGGAGGAAGAAGAGCGCAGGCGACAAGAGGAGCAGGCAAGAUUAGCAAAGGAGGAGUUGGCUCGCCGAAAGGCAGAGGAGAGAGCAAGGAGAGAAGAGGAGGCUCAGCGCCAGGCCGAGGAGAGGAGGAAGAAGGAGGAGGAAGAGGAGAGAAAGGCAGAGGAAGAAAGACUUCGGAAAGAGCGAGAAGAGGCAGAGAGACUACAGAAACAGAAAGAGGAGGAAGAGGCUCGACAGAGAGAGGAGGCAGAGCGACUGAGGCAGGAGAGAGAGAGGCACUUCCAGAAAGAGGAGGCUGAACGACUGGAGAGAAAGAAGCGUCUUGAGGAGAUCAUGAAGAGAACACGGCGUUCAGAGACAACUGAAAAGAAGGUCAGAAAUGGAGACAAUGCAGUGAACCCGACCUCUCCUGCUGCGUCAGCAGCAACUGAGACGCCAAGACACAAUAGUAACGGCAACUUAAGCCAACCAGAUCCCACCCCAAACCCCAACACCACAGCACUGAGCCAUCCUGACCAGAGGGAGAAUGGGGAGUUUGAAGAGGUGCUUGUACUGCCUUCACAUUCCAGGUUGUCUCCUCCUGAAGGAGAGGAGGAGCAACAGCAACAGCAGGAGGACAACAGAGUUCCUGUCCUAGCCUUCUCAGAGAAUGGUCUACUGAAACCUCUAAGCAGAGUAGACGAUAUAUCAGCCCAGCAGGGAGCAGAUGUUGCCUGAUGCCCUGAUGCAACAUGACGAUUCCACACCCACAGACAUGAAGGAGAGGUCAAACAGAGAGGUGAAGUACAGAGCUGUUGGACUGAAUCAGUAGGACAACUCUCAGCACUAGAUUCUUCCUUUCUUCCUCUCCUGUGACAGAAGAGCACUGUUCCCAAAGAUGGUGUCUCCAAACAUCUUGCAAGGGCAUCACUGAGAGAGAUUACUCUUCCCUCAUCCUGCACUCUGUGGGGCAAAGCUUGUUUUUCUGUAUCUGAACAUGAUUACACUUGGUCAUCAUGUAUGUUCUGUGUAUAGCCACAGGUUUCCCUGAUUCUUAAAUGAAUGUCCUGAAAUCACAGCAGGGCAUUGAGGCAUUGAGUGUGUAUAGUCUUGUGAUGUGCGUGAUUGAGAGCGCGAAUGAGAAACUGACAAAGAUGUAAAAACUAAGAUCAGCUGUCAGUCAGCAGCUGUGAUACUUGAACGUUUUUGAACUAUUUUUCUGUAGACAGAUUGUGAUCAGCGAUGGGACUUUAGCUCAGGCCCCAAUCUAGCUUCAUUUAUGAAUUUUUGUCUCUAACUGGAACCUUAUGGUUCUCACAAGGUAAUAUUUCUGCAGAAAUGUGAGAAAUAAAGUGUGCUCCAGGAAUGAUAUCAGUGCAUGAAGUUGUAUUAAGACUAAUGCAAAAAAGAUAUGUCAUGUAAUAUACUUUGCUGUUUCUACAGUGUUUAAACUAGGUUAUUACUGGGGUGGAACAGGUGCUGGAGUAUUAUGACUUUAGGUUUAAUAAUGACAAAAAUGAACAUACUGUCCUCUGAAAACUGAAAAUGUAGGGUAUAAACUUCAGAUUUUUCUUCAAAUUGAUGUACAGAUAAAAUGAUUUGUCGUCAUUGUCUUUAUGUUCAAAUUUACAAAAACGUGCUUCAUUAUUAAGUUAUGCCCUUUCAUUCAUUCACAUUUUAACCCUGUCACAGUUGCACCUAUUCUACAUCCUGUCACUGCCUGUAAGCCACUUUUUUGGCCAAGUAAAUCCAAACUGGAUUGAAUGAAUUUACUGAUGUUAUUGUUAAAAUAAUCGGAUUUGUUUCCAAGGAUUUGACAGAUGCUGCUAAUUAUGACAUUCCUUGGCCUUAACAUAGUGUAGAAGGAAUGAUGUGACUUUGCUUCAUGAGCUCAAUCGCUUUGGCCCUUUGCCCAAACUCCCCAGUGGCUUUUUUUGAAUUCACUAUGAAUCAAAUAUUUGUGUCACGCAGUUAUAAUUCAUACCACUUCUCACUAUAGCAAGACAAAAGGUGGAAAUUACUAAAUUUCUAGAAGCAGUCCAUUACACUUCAUUUUCACUCAGCUCCUACAAAUGAUCUGCAUUAGGGUCCUCAGACUUGAGCACUGUCUAACAGUACCACUAAAGAAUAAACUUGUCUUGAUUAUGUACUGCAGGACAUUACCAGCAGUACACAUGGCAUGCUGUUAUAUAUUUGAUGCUAUAAAUGUAAAAAUGUAUAUUUUAUUACUACCACAAAGAUUUGAAUAUAGCCCUUUACUUCAGAGGAAGCAUGAGGUGAGCUCUCUGAAUCAUUGUAAAAGUAAAAUCUCUACAACUGCUGCAGCUGUACUGCUUCAAAUGAAUAAAACUUUUUGAACUGGUUACCUAUUCAGUAAUUUUACCU